AUGCGUCGCUCCGCAGCCCCUUCGGCUAGAGCUUCUAAGAAAAUGAAAUUUAUCACUCCAUUUCUCGCUGGAAACCAUUUAAACAAAGAUGAAAACUCAAAGAAUUCACUCGCAGGUUUGCACGCCACUUCAUGUCAGGUGAGACGAGCAGAAGGCUCUUGCAUUUGAUGUGGGGCGAUUCAGGAGAUUUGCUCAUUUAAACAGCGUUUAUGCGUAAGCCUUUGCUUUGGGCUUAAGACGGGCAACUGAUACAUUUGAUCGAAGUGCAUGGGAAUCCUCCAUUUUGCUUUGGUUUGGAAAAAAAUGGGGCAGUGUAAAAUGCAGACUGCGGACUGACUGCGGACUAUUGUUUUUAGGGUUAGAAAACAAUAGGACUAUUUUUGUCAAGUUCUCAUUUGGAUGGUGAAAACAAUAGUCUGCAGUCUGCGUUUUACACUGACCGGUUUGAAAUUACCUGGAGAGAUAUAAUUUACAUACAGUAUUCUGAGACGGCCAGCAUAAUCUUGCCCAAUAAUUAAGCUUAUUUUAAGGAGUUUUUCUCUCCUUUUUCAUCAUUUAAGGAGAGAGAAUGCGACAAAUCAUUUUUCACAGUACAGUCACAAGCAAAAGGUUUUUUCAAUGUUAUUCAAAUAAAUUUGUCCAUUCAAUGAUUAUGAUUAAUUAGAAGAGUUAUUUGUGCAAAAAAAUUGUGGUUGUAUCAACUAUGAAAUGGUCAAUUUUCCAUCUUAAAAAGAUUGAAAAAUUGAAGUAGAGCUGUGAGUUGAUUAAACCAAGUUUCUGUGUCAUUUCCUCACUGCAAUAUUUCUUUUGUUAUCUCUGGACUCUCUGUACAUUAGCUUAAUAAUUAUAGUGUGGCCCUAUCCCUACUCUGCAAGCAGAGGUUUCUCUCUUGCAUGGCUUUUAGCGUUUACGAAGCAGUUCGCAUGGCUUGUCUGUCGCAUAGUUAGUUUGUUUUCUAAAACAAACCAACUACGGGACAGACAAGCCACACGAAUGACUUUGUAAACGCUAAAAACCAUGCAAAAGAGAAACCUCUGCUCGCAGGGUACCCUAUUCUAUAAAUUAUCAAGUAAAUCAGGAUUUGAAAAGGUAUGAGGGGGUAAUUAAUAUAUGGGUGGGUUGGGGAGGGGAGGUCCUUAACAGAACUGGGGGCUCUUUUUGUAGACAACUAGGCCUGUUGCAGGCAUUCAAAAACUGGAAAGUUGCACAAAAUGGAAAACAGAGGGGGAAAAGGCAUUGAAACAAACAGGCAGAUGACCAGCUUAUGGAUAGGUGGUGUAUAUUGUGACCUAUCAAACAUUGCCAGUGAGGCCUGUCUCUGCAUAUUAUGUUAUUUACUCAAUAUAUCAUCAGCAUACAUUGUAUAAUCUUGCAUUAUAGAGGUAAAGGUUGUUUACCAUUUUACACGGGCAAACUGGUCAGUUCACGGUUUGGAUAAAUGGUAAGCAAAAUUCAAUGGUGGUAAAUUUCUUCCCAGAAUUGUAUAAUUACCUUUUGCACUAAUCAGUUCCAUUUACCAAAAGAAGGCCAUGAAAGUCUGAACCUGGUAUCAAAGAUGGGUUUGAAGAAAUGGAACACAAAUCUGCGUUUGGAAUAUUCCACCUGGAAAAAAAGGACUGCCUUUUGAGACGUUCUGUGGCUCCCAGAAAUUUUGCGGCUGGAAUGACCCAAAAAGUAGUGUUUCCUUUACUUUCCACCUGGAUUAUCCAAAACCUUUUUGUAAAUGGUAAACAAUCAAAGAAAGCUGCUUCUUGUUUUUCUUUCUAGGAGAGCUAUUCACAUUGUAACGUGCCUGUGAGUCCAUCAGACAGUGGAAACAAAGUAGAAGUUUUUAAAAGUAACACAAUACCGACAAGUUUUGUAGAAGAAGAUGUUAGCAAAGAAUUAGCUGUUAACAAAGAUGAAAGUCUGACUUUUACUGUUCCAAAGAUUACUAAAACAGCACACUUCAAGUCUCCACUACAACAAAUGUCCUCUAUAGGUGAGCUCCUUCUGUUGUCAGACUGUUUUAGUUAUAUGUAUAUUUAUGUGUUUGCAUUCUAGAAUUUCUUCUCACUUGAAAUUUAUUUUCCUUUAAUCCUUUGAUGUAGACUCCUCUGAUGAAAAAGAAAAUGCGUGUUUAUACUUUAAUGUUGUUUGGUAGGUACAAUACAUAUCUUAAAAUAUUAUAAAUAAUUGGGCAGGGCAAGACCAGGAAAUUACUCCUCUUGUUCUAGUAUAUAAGUUAAGGCUAGUCUACAUGUUUGACCCAUGGCCAAGCAUAAGCAUAAGCAAGAAAGCUUACUGGUGUGAUGCAAACAUGAGCACCUUGGAAUAUGCUUGUGUUCUUCUUGUUUAGUUGUUUGAUGCAAUAAAUGUUUGAGAAUAAUAUUAUAUUUACAUUGUACAGUUUUGGUCUUCAUCCUGCCAUAUUUCUUAUAGUUACCAUUUUUGUUUGAAUUACUCAAAAUGAUGAAUGAUUUUAUUCUAGAGUGAACAAACUUGUUCUCGACAAAUUCCUCUCUCAGUCUGAUCAGCUGGCUGUAUUCAGGGUGCAAAGAAAGUCAGUUUUACAGCUUGCCAUUCGUGCAAGCUGUAGCUAGCAUGUACUAGCUCAAAAGUCAUUUUACCCAGCCCCAAAGAUCGAUAGAAUUUGUUGAUGAGCAGCAUUGAAUUUUAGCUUCUUUGUGAUUUGAAUUUCCUAAAAACUUCACUAGCCUGGCAGCAAAAUCCACUAGCCCCAGGCUAUUGGACACGUGUUUCCUUGCUAGCCUACGUGUAGCCACACCCUCCCCCCCAACAAAGGAGGGGGAAGGGUGCUUCUACAUGUAGGCUGUUCCUUGCAAGCUGUGUAUUAGCCUUUUAUCUAAUAGUAGCAACUCAGCAGUUGACUCAGUCCCUUCCCAUUACACUGUCAAUAUUAUCAACAUCCAUUCAGUUGCAUUAUCACAUUUAUUUUUAUAUCAAGGCUUCCUGCACUGUGUUCUCUGCCAGAGUGACUUACUUACUUAGCAGACAGACCAGGACUGCUUGAAGUAAGCUAUGCUAAUGGAAUAUGUAAAAUUGCUAAAACAUAUUUCUUUGUUGUUUAAUUGUAUCUCAGGGGAAAGAUGUCAAAGAAAAAGGUAAAGUGUAUGCGUGUUGUAUCAGUUGUACGUCAAAAUGAAAUUGAGGUUAAAAUUGUUUCAUACAAUACAAACUUUAAUGAUGCUCCUGAAAGAGGGCUUUUCAAUGACAAUAAUAAAAUUAAUUUACAAGAUAAUACGUCAAAACAUUAUCUUAACCCUAAUUAUUCAUGAUCAUGAAUAAUUCGGGUUAGGAAACAAAGGAAACUGAUAAUCGACGUAGGUGGAAGCCAUUUUAUGCCUAAUUUAAUUUUGACCAACAACACACCUUUCAUCACACUGAUUCAGAAUUUUUAUUUAGUUAACUAUUAAAACAGACCAUCAGGCUUCUGUUGUUCCAGUGCUGGAUAGCGCUAUCCCCCGAUAAACCACAUAUCCUGGCAGCGGAUAAUUAGGUAUAAGGGGAAACCAAUUAUGCCAUUUGAUAGAUAGAGGUUUAUCCAGUAGAUAGAUAGCAUAAUCCACCUUUUGAAGAACUAAGGCCAGAAUUGGUCAUUUUUGUAAAAUUUUUUUUCAACUGUUAGUAUUAGUAAAUUAAUAAUUAUUUUUGUUGUUUUUCUUUUAUAGCAUAAAAAGUGGGAAGGAGAUGGUAUGUAUGGUGCAGUUAAUUUUAAGUGUGAUAGGUAAAGAAAGAACGAGGAGAAGAACUGUUAGAAAAGAGCAGUGUACAUACAGUAUCCCCUGUCAAUCCCCACCCCCACCGUGCUGGUUUUAAUUUAAAGGUGCAGGUGCAGCUGGAAGUGUUAAGAUUAGGGCUUGGACUGGAUUUACAGGAGCUUUAAGUAGUCACACCUGCACACCGCACAAAAUUAUUCUCUCUCCCUGCACACCCACCCCCUGGACCCAGUUGUUCAAAGGCCAAUUUAUUAUUGGGGUUAAAUUUUAAUUCAGGUUCCUUUUUCUUUCGUUAAUAAACAUUUUCCCUGUCAAUUUAAACAAGUCAUUUCCAGAUAACAACAAAGAUAAUUUCCAGGAAUUUUCUUUGUAAGCAUUCAGAUUGUGAAUUCAAUUUUUGCACCAAUCCUGGGUUAUAUUAAUCCUGCUUUGAACAACUGAGCCCAGGUAUAAUUUUUGAUUACAUUACACCUUUUCAUUCUUGUUUCAUUUUAAUUUGCCCUUGAUUUUUGUUAGGUAUACUGAUUACAAAGGGAAGAACAGCUUCUUUGAAGGAUCUAGAGGGAAAAGAGUGAGUUCAGGAUAAAUCAGUACUUCAUCUCCAGCAAUGGAAUCUCCUCUGUAUCUUUUGAGAAUUUUUGAACAGUCAAGGCCAAAGCAAAGAAAUCCCUCAAUAUUUUUAAAUGUCAAUUUUCUUGUCCCUCAACAUACUGUAGUCCCACUCUUUAGCCUUGACUGAGAGCUACUGCAACAGUUUCAAAUAACUAACAUAAAUAUUUCCCUUUGAGUGGUGAAUAAUAUGUCACGAGUGAGCGCAGCAAACAAGUGAAUAUUUUUCAACACAAGAAGAGAAAUUUUGUAUCUCCAAGUGACCAUGUAAUGUUCAUUUAUUAUAUAAAUACCAGUGAAAUACCAAACCCUUUCACUUUAAUAGCUUUUUGCUGUGAAAAGCAUGAUUUAUCAUGUAGUCUUGGCAAUGGUGAUCUUUUCACGUGUGAAGAUAACAUGUUAUUUUCACGUGUGAAGAUAUCAUGUUUUUGCGCAAAAGCUCACCUGGUAUUUCAUUGGUGUUUAUAUAAAUAAUUAAUUUCAAUCAUUUUAGAAUUGCCAAGAGUAGUGGAUACAAGUCUUCUGAACUGGAGGCCCUUCAGGAAGGUAACACUCUGUGCAUUGGUGGAAAGGAAAUGGAGGUAUAAUGUGAUAUCUUAAUCAUUUUAUUGUAGUUGUUUUGAUCUGAACUGGCAAAAUAAAUGUUUCCUUUACCAGUCAAAUUGUUUCAUAAAUUAUUAACAACUGCGUCGCUGAGUGGAGGUGGGUGCCCAGGAUGUCCAGGGGCUUCCACCUUUGGCACGGCCAGCCCGUAGAAAAAGUUAUGCCCCCAUGGCUGGCAAACCCGCGCCCUCCAGCCUUGAGCCCCCACGCCAAUGGAACCAGGCCCCCGUCACACUGAUUUAACAGUGGAAAAUUAAGUGGAGGGGAGGGAUGGGGGUAAAAGAAUGAUCCAAAGGCUAAACUAAGAGAAUGGCCGCCACGAAAACACUGAACAGAGCACAGGGAGGUGAUGCAAGCAAGGCUGACCGCGCUUGAGCCAAACGACUGACCGCUGACCAUGCUCGCGCUCCUUGUUGUUCACUCUGUUAAAUAAAUAUUUAUUUAACCUCAUUUAACAAUUUGCAGAAAAUAUCUUAAGGUCUUACGGUAUAUUUUUCAAGUGUUAAAAAUAGCCUGUGUGCAAACCCCUUCUUUUUCCUUUGUUUCUGCCCCCCACCCCCUCCCCUACCUCAUUGACUUGGGCCAAAUCUUGAAAUAAUGGUCUUUAUGCAAGCAAAAACAUUGCACACCCAGAGAAAAUAUCUGCAAUGCAGGUUAAGAUAACGGGAGACAUCAAAAUAAGUUACAUAUAUUUUUUAUAUAUCACAUCCUCCUUUCUCUGUGCUUUAUCUGUAGGUGAUGGGAAGUAUCCAAGCAGAGGAUUAUCUCAGUGGGAAAUGUUUUCAACAAUCAGUACAACCAUCACCAUCUAUUCCAAAGCCACCCUCUAGGCUGCCUUCUAAACAAAAAGGUAAGAGGGAAGUGCCUUCUUUUAAGAACACAAGCAACCCAUAUUAGGCAACCUAUACUACUAUCACCGGUAGCCCAUGCUAUUAUAACAGGCAGCCCAUACUAUUGUCACAGACAUUGCAUACUAUUAUCAUGUAGCCUAAAGUCCUAACACAGGACGCCCAUCCUAUUGCCUCAGGUAGCGAGUUCCAUGCGUUAACUGAAAGUAAGCAAGUUAACUUUUCAAGAUAAUUUUUUAACGUAUUUUUAAGGCACCUGCCGAAUCCAAAUCAAAAGUUUAACACUGGUAACCUUCUCUGCUUAAAGUAGCAGCAAAGGAUCAAACUGGAAUAUUUAAUAAAGAUUUUGUGGUUGCACUGCUGUUAUGCACACACCAAACUAUUAAACCCAUAUGAUUUAUCCCUGGACCUUGUCAUGCGAUGUUUUGAAUGCAGUCCUCUCUUGUUUCCUUUGUUGCAUGCAAGGACACAUUUCGUAGAAAUAGUUUGAGAGAGUCAGAGAUGUUCCAUAAGAUUCCAGUAGGUUUCUCAAAAUGAGGAAUUUGGCUUAUUGGAUUUCCAGGUUUCGGGAUUUUACAGCCUCGUCCACAGGGCUUUUCCCUUAGUAAAUUGGAGGGGCGUUUUUUUUUUUAAGGCAAAAGUUCUGGGGCCGGAGGAGGUUACUAAGAGCGUUGAACGAGAUUUGAAAUUGUAAUUAUUUUUUAAACGGAGAGCAAAGACCUCAGUGGCUUUUUAGGGAUAUGUUGUGCUCCAUAAAGCUUAUUUGCUUAAUUGUAAAAAACUCAUCAGCGUUUUCCUCGACCCUGUCACUCAGCCGUUACGACCAUGCCACACUUUUCUUGUCCAAAGUCUGCCACCGAGUUUCCAUAAAUGAGUGCGAGAAAGCUCUCGGGGGAAGGGGAUGUGUAUCACGCUUGAAUGCAGGUUCCCGAAGAUGGGGGGACCCCUGGGACCCGUGAAAGACGGUACUCAAAUCAUAAUAUGGGGUAUGGGAUAUUGAAUCUAGGCGGUGUAUUUCCUUUUAUCUCGAGCAACAAAGGAAAUAGGAGACGUCUUCCAGCAGGUGCAAGGCUAUGCUAUGGGAUCGCGGUAAGCCGAUUUACGGCGAAGCUAAACAAAUAUUAUUAAAGGCACGUGUGAACACGUCCUAUGGUGGUCCGCUUAUGAGUAAACAUUCUAACCGAUAAAAUGCACAAAGUCAACAUAAUUUUAAAGCCUUUAUUAGAUUAACCGAUAAUCCUGUCAGUGUGAGGGAAAUCAAGAACAAUUACUAUAUGGAAGACUCUUUUUCCCCUUUUUUUCACAAAGGGAAUUUAAUUCCGAAACGAGACGAAUCGGGGGCUUAAUUAUAAUUUUACUGAUCUAAGGAAAAAAAGAACGACCGCUCUCAGUUGUGAAUCGCCUAAAAUAGCGCAUCGUCAAGCGUCUGAAAAUGAUACCUUUUUGCAGGUCACGCGACACGAAAUAUUUUAAAAGGGAUGGAUACUGACCUCUCUCAAAGUGACAUUUCAGGCUAAAACCAGUCUGCUACAUCAGUUGUCCGUACCUGGCUUCUGCCUGCUCUAAAUCGCAAUCUCCUACAAAACUAGAAAUUUAAUUUGAAAUUUGAAAUUUUGAUUCGUGCUAAUGCUUCUUGCGCUGAGACCGUUCAUUUUGUGUUCAGUAUAUUCGCAUAUGUUUCAGUGUCUCGCCCAGAUCGGUUGACUGUAAAAUUUCCUCCAAAUCUUUCUGAUUUUUUUCAUCUACUUGUUUCCUUUUCGCGAUCCACUCAUCCUUCGCUGCAAAUCCACGGUCGAUCAUCAAAAGCUGAAGCCAGUCGUAAUCCGAAAGUGCUUUUAUUUUUACUCCUUUCUCUACCAACUUCCUUAACCCCUCCGCGUUGUUUUCAGCCACCUUGUGCACGCUAACGUGGAUAUUCUGAAGAUGCGCGAAGCGGAUCGACACGCACACUUCCUCGUUUUGCGCGAGCCACUCGCACAAUUUUUCAGCACAAUCGCUACCAGGCGAAAAGUUACUCAGUAACUGCAAUUCCUUCAAGCCCAACAGCGGACUUUCUUCAAGGUCUAUGAUGGAUUUCAUGAAUGCGUUGGUCGCAGAGCUCUGGAAAACCUUCCGUGACAGAAUUUUGCUGUCCUUUCCUCUAGCAACAGCAACAACGAUUCCUUCGGUUGGCCAAAAUCCUCCGGGUACACCCGCUUUUAAAAUGGCUGUCAGGUUGAAUUCCUCUGGAGUGGGACUCUUCGGUGCGCAGUUCGAAUUGGCCAUCACUGCGUGUGAAAGUGAAAGUUUGUGAAUACAAUGCGUGAGUAGAGCUGAAACGCUUCCGGCGGGGAGACCUGAAGCUAUCAUUAACUUGACAACCGAGAACACCUAUCAUCUUUUGCUUGCGCUUUAGGUCAACAAGCACUUUCAUCUCAAAUUUCCUAUGCCUUCUUGGGUUCAGUGACAACCGUUCACAAGCAAAUCCUGUUUUUAGGGCCAUAUGAGAGUGUUCGUUCCUAGGGAAAGUAUGCUUAACCAAUAUGUAUUUGGAUACAAAGAAACACUUUCCUUCGAUUAAUAAUCUCGUAACAUUCAAUAUUAAUUGAACAGACACCUCAUUUUAAUGGGUUGUCAUUUUCAACGUUUACAUAAAUUGUUUUAAUUUUCAUAAUUCAAAAUGUUAUAUAAUCCAUCACGGGAACAUUUUUAAACGGUUGCUUGAACAAGCCAAUUUGUAUUUCUCGACUUUCGUUGUAAAAUUUCCCCUGAUAAGCGUAUAACCACUGCCAGUUGUUUUUGAAAUUUGCGAAAAAGAUUUUUUUAUGACGAGUUAUCCCACAAAGGGCACCUGACACAACAAGUUCUUUGAGGAGAAAUUUAAGCUGAAGUAAACUGCUAAGGGCCUGUCUGCUGAUUCUUAACGGAAUUACCGUAAAUCCUCUAUUAAGUCCCGCCGGGGACUGAUUAUUUCAAACACAUUUGAGGAGCGGGGGGGAGGGGGAUGCUUAAUAGAGAUGGGGACAUACUUAAUUUAGCAAAGGCGUUAGUAUCAGCUCUCCAUAAAGAACUAAAAUACAAAGUGGAAAAGCUCAAGUACAAGAAGUUGGAGGUCACGAAGCCGAGGAUAAAAAAAAUUCCAAACUUCCAGUUGGUGAAUAAACCAUCCCGGGUCUUCAGUCCACAUCGAGUUUUACAUUCGUGAUGAAUUAAUACAGUCUAUCAGGGAGGAGGGCUUAUUAACUUUCUUCCCCUGAAAGGGGGGCGGGGGGGCUUAUUAGAGAGAGGGGGCUUAUUUGUCAUGUUGGGGGCUAACUAGAGGAUUUACGGUAAGUCAAAUAAGAGGCAAUUUGUCGAAAUUUCACGGUGAAAGGGGGUAUCUCACGAAUCUACGCAUGCUCGUCUGCGAGAGCUCAACGAAAAAAGAUUGUCGCAGCUUUUCAGUUCAGUGAGCAGUUCUUGGGCGCUUCUGUGAAGAGACUUCAUCCCACUGAAUCUUUACCGGACCAAUUUAGGUCUCUGGGAAACUUCCCACCUACCCCUCCCCUAAGCCAACAUUUUGCCCUGAGUGAGAAGUAAGUGAUAAUGUUGGCUUAGGGGAGGGGUAGGUGGGCAAUUUCCCAGAAGCCUACAAUCUUGGACAAAAUAAAAUGGAACAGCAAACCCCCAUGCCCCCCAAAUCAAGGAUGAAGCCGCGCGAAGGGCAAAAACGCGCCAUUUUCCCAUCUUUGAUUUGGGGGGGGGGGGAGGGGGGGGUCUAGGUUUUCCAUUUAUUUUUUCCAGAUGACAUAGCCAUGAGUGUUCUGUAGUAUUUGCUGCUAUUGUAAUUUCCUUUUUCCACCUCUUAUAUGCGAGAGUUUUGCUUGGGGUAUGUUUGGGGGGGGGGUGUCGGGGGUUAUAGGUUUUCCAUUUAUUUUUUCCAAGAUUGUAGAUUGAUCCUCUUUACCACCCUGUGGAAUUUUACCUUUUCGAGCCUUGAUUUGUGUGAGAUAAGGUCUCAGGGAUAGGAAUUGUUUUUCUUCGCCGCUUUAGACCUUAUUCUUAUGUUGACCUUUUUCUCAGAGCUGAAAAACGUUUGGCGUAUUUGUAAGGAUUCAACCAGGAGUGAGAAAAGCCUGUGGACAGGCGAUAUCAAAAGUUUUUCAAUAGUACCUAACUCAGUGUUAGUUAAGUUGCGAAACUGAGGUCUUUAUACCCUGCUUGCAGAGGUCGCUCAUAGCAAGAGAAGAAGGAAAGGAAAGAAAGAGACCGGCUCUACCGGCCCCCGACGCGUUCUCACACGUAGCAGCCGACCACAUUGGUGGACAAAACGUACUGGUUUUCAAAACUGGGUUCGUUUAAUGUGGAAUGCGCGUGCCUUGUUAAGACUGCACGCUGGAAAUUUCUGAACCCACGGUUGUUAUCGCGCAAACCGGUUCUGUAAGUUGUGUCACGCAUGACUAAAACGUUACUGGUUGUUAAGGAAACGUCUGGAUUUUUUCAGGUUCUUUUUGAACCGCUAAAGUUGUUCAUUUAACUGCAAGGAUCAUUUCCACUUUCAAAUUCAGUUCUUACUGUUUUCUGCGCAGGUUUACCGAAGCCCUUCGUUUGCAAUAUGAAGAACGGAGUCGUCAUGGAAACGAAAAAAAUUUCUACGUCACGCCAUGACGUCAACGCUCCUGGUGCCCUUGUGAUGCCUCGACCCAGUGCUACCCAUCAGGUAUCUGCCGAACGUACUUUUUACACAACGUCGUUCCCAAUGCACAAGCAGAGUUGUUGUUUUCCUAAUCUAAACCUACAGGCCAUUUUCCGAGUUCCAAAAUCUCACACUCCCAAAUCGAGGCUAAGUGCCCAGCCUUUCUUGUGAAAAUAAGUUUUAUGUGCAUGACAAACAAAAAGUCAUUUUCAUGUCAAUGGCUUCGCAGUUAGCCUCGCUUUGAAACAGAGGCUUGGGGCAACCCGAAAAUGGCCCAUUGCUGUUUUGCCGUUCUCGUUGCCGUCGUCGUAGUCGUUGCUUUGCCUAGUUCCUGUGCGGCGUCUUUCUAGGCCUUCUCGGUCAAUGCAUUUCGGUGACGUACCCGAGACGAAAAACUCGCUCGCUCCACGUGACCCGAAACGCAUCGGCCGCGCGCAAUAACGACGCCUAGGGACUAGGCAAGUCCUUGCUAAAGUUCCCCAAGUGUAGGGCAAGCGCAACUACCUUUUGGCGGGUAAUUUCCUUUUGUACAUGCGGCGGUUCCAUGUUCGGUCAAAACAGUUUUUGUAGGGAAAGAUACUUUAGUAUGAUGUAGAGGCUUUUUAGUCGAGAAGAUAGCAUGUACACAGUACGCGUACACAGUAUAGAUAUUCAAAUUGAUCGACGUUGGUUUAAGUUUCUUACUCAAAAAUCCAAAGGACAUUUUAUGCCCCUUGCCCUUUUUAAAAUGUCAGCUUUUAAUGAAUGGGAUUGAAGUUUUUGAUGCGGACCCUAGUCAACUUGUAUGGAAGUCUUUGCAGUUGUUUUGGUUUAAGUUAAAAAAAAAAAAAACAGCUGAACGGUGGCUUACAAUGUAGGCAUUCUUAGCCACCUCCGAACGCUCCUCUUUGCUGGGACGUUUCGCGAAACGUUCUCAGCGACGAGGAGCGGUGAUAGGUUGCUAAAUUCGACAUUCUGUGCAUAACUGUGUUCAUAUUAUGGCCGAACUGCUUCCGGUCCAUCGUAAAUCAGCGGUAAGCAACAUUGUUACACUUUGUCUCCCUUUAGUCAGGGAUUGCUGCAUGUAAUACAGUUUUUUGCUUGCAAUAAAAGUCCCUAAAAUAGUGUUAUUUGAAACGUACGCAGUUGGAGAUAAAUCAAGAGGGGCUGGAUAUUGUUGACGUGGUAGUGGACCCUUACUUGUCACAGCACUUAAGGCCCCAUCAGAGGGAAGGAGUCGUGUUUCUUUAUGAGUGCGUUAUGGGGCUGCGGAAUUUCAAUGGAAAUGGAGCCAUUCUUGCGUAAGUAUCGUUCAAUAAAAGUAUAAUUUCAGAGGACCUUUCUUUCACAAGUCUUUUAUAGGCCUUAUCCUUUCCAUCUGCAUAUCAGCAUCUUGGAGAAAUGUCAUGCAGUUCUACCUAUUGAGUUAGUGGAUAACAUCUGUGUGAAUAUUUGACUAUAUUCCGGCAAUACUAUUACUUGCUACUGCUUGUUUUAAAAAAAAGUAGUAUCUUUAAUUUUCUCCCAAGGAUUCGUGUAAACUACGCUAACUUCCCGGUCCUACUUCUAUAGUUUUAGUCCUCUUUCUUCUAGCGGUCGGACUUGUCAGUGGCGGAUGCGGGGGUUGGGGGGGGGGGGGGGGGGUCAGAGGGGGGGGGGGGAGGAGGUCAGUCUCCCCUAUUUUUUUUGAGACCCCCCCCCUUAUCUCAGGGUCUGGAUGACCCCCGCCCCCCUUAUCUCAGGGUCUGGAUGACCCCCGCCCCCCUUAUCUCAGGGUCUGGAUGACCCCCGCCCCCCUUAUCUCAGGAUAUGGAUGACCCCCGCCCCCCUUAUCUGAAGGUCUGGAUCCGCCACUGCUUGUCACUCGAGACCUUGAUAGAGACUGUCUGCGACGCAGACUACUUUCAUCCUACCUGUCCUUAGUCAAAUAUACACCUACGGAUUAGUAUAAAAUCUGUUGUGUUAUCUCCUAUUGUGUUUAGAGACGACAUGGGACUUGGAAAAACUCUCCAGUGCAUCUCUUUGCUGUGGUAAGUUGCUUAACGUAUGGAAACUUACUUAUUCUAUGCAAAGCCCAUACUUCAUUUCUGUGCAGGGCUAGAUGAGUGCUAUCCUGCUUUUGCUAGCUAUGAAUGCAAUUUUUGCCUCAUAUAACUGUUGGAAGAGGCUUGCUUAAGUUUGAUAGAAAUAUAGGAUCUUUUUUAUAGAAAAAGUGCGCACGAGAGUUUUCGGCAGAUCACUAGAGUUGCCGCAAUAGCGUGAGACUCAAAUCAAGCGAGAACAUUGUUUUUGAACUCUCGCGAACUUUAGUUUUCUUUUGACCUGUUCGUUUUAAAACUCAGGGGCACAAAUCGAUUAUGCUUUGUAUCUCACUGCAGGACACUUUAUAAACAGGGAAUGUACGGAGGUCAACCCACACUCAAGAGAACUCUUAUCGUCACUCCAGGCAGCCUAGUCAAAGUAUAUGUUCUUUUUGUAUUUAAACAACAACAACAGCAAUAACAACAACAAACAAAACAAACCAAAAACAAGAUAGAUGUAUAUCUUUCUAAUGGUCUUCGUUGGCCCAAUUCAGAUCCAUUCAUGGGUUGGGCUGAUGGAACUAAACGUCAGUAGACUAACCAGAAUGUAGUGAAAACAAAAAGAAAUUGUUUUGGCCAAAAAGCACUGUCAGUUGUGCAUUUACGUUGGUAGUUUUCGAUAUUUGCAUGCCAAUUAUCUUGCUGUAAGUCUAUGGGUUAGUCGUAUCUCCAUUAGUCAGUAAAGUACGUCUUGAUGUUAGUCAAAUAUGUUUUUAAGUUAGUCAAGUGGGUGUGUUUCUAGUUUGCGCUGCUUUCAUCGCACAAACUAAUCGUUAACAUCCCAAUCUUAGCCGUCACUUGCAAAUCUCGGCUGUUGCUUAUGCCCAGUCUGAAGGUGGAGAUGUAUGACAUUUCAGACUAACUUUUGCCCAACGUUUUCUUCAAUCCCUUGUUUUCAGAACUGGAGCUGCGAAUUCCGGAAGUGGCUUGGCAACGAUAGAUUGAAGGUGUACACGGUUACCUCAGAAAAAAGGGUCAAAGUAAGUUCCAUUCGGCUGCCAAGAUAUACUUCAGUUACCUUACUUAAAGUACAUUCCUCUUCAUUGAGCGAAUAGCCCGGUGACCGAAAAAGCUAUGAAGUCAGCAUUUUGUAAAAGACAAGAAUUGUAGAAUUAGCUGGUGUCUGGCGUACAUAUAUAGGUGAAACAUUAAGGUUGGUUGGGAAUAAUCGCGAAAGAUGGUCAUUUUUGGGCUUGAUCUUGUUACGAGAACUAACCACGAGCUGAAAGGAAACGAACCCAGUAGACUUUUACACACAUUCUGGCCGCCCACCCAUGAACAACUAAACGUUACUCAUGUCUUGUGCGCAUAUUAUUUUCAAAUGUCUUCUUCGACGCCUUACCACAUUCCACUAAGAUGUGACUCUUGUUACUGACAAAAUAAAGCUAUAUAGUAAACCAUUUUCCCUUUCAGAACAACCACUUACUGCCUAAGCGAAACUAUGUUGUGCAGGGAAGCGAGAUUUUGCAAAGGCAGAGGGUCGUAUUACAGAGAACGGAGAGGGGGAUACUCGUCGCCGAAGGGGAGGUGGGAGGGUCAAAAGUUAUAACCCGGCUAAGAACGCCGUUACUUGGCAAAAGACACAGAAAUCACGGGAUAGAUGGCUUAAAUAGGCAAAAGGACUCCCCCGAGACUUCCACACUAUUGUCUGCAAUGCCCUGGGGGGCUAAGAUAAUACCAGCAUUGCGCUCAGUUAGAAUCCAUGGUUUUCCUAACAGUGAAAAUAUUGAUAAAACUGUCGUUGAGCGACCUUACUCGAUAAGUAAUUCGCCACUUUAGAGACGGGAAGGAAACUGGGCCGAGUUUACUUUCGCAAAGACUUCUGGGACUGUCACUAGGGACAGGAAAAAAACUUGGCCAAUAGGCGCGUCGCCAGUUGUCCCCAGUAAGGAUCCCAGAAAAUUUCCCAGAAACCGUUGCUAGGCCAAUUCGGCACCAGUCUCCUUAUCGUUUCUAAAAUGGGAAAUAAAGGGGACUUGACGGCAGUUUGAGAGGACAAAAUUGGUUCUAUGAGACUUUUCAAAAAAGUCUUUCCAGAACGUUCGGCUAAUGCUUUGUUUCAUCGUUUUUGUUUUUUUUGUUUUUUUCUCAACUGGAGUGUUAUGUUUGCAGGAGUUUAUCAACAGUCCUAUUUACCCAGUCAUGAUCAUCAGCUAUGAGAUGUUUCUAAGGUCUGUGGAGGAGAUUAGGAGCAUCAAGUUUGGACUGGUGAUCUGCGAUGAAGCGCAUCGCUUGAAAAACACUACAAUAAAAACCGCCACGGUGAGAGCUUCUUGGUUUGUUUUAGCGGUAUCUCAUAGUGAGAAGUGGGUUAUACGUAGAUUUAGCAGCUAAAACGCUAAGGGUUCCAAAACUGCGCGUACCUAAAUCUCAGUAACAUUGCCAUCCGGUAGUUUCGUUUGGUCCCUUGUACUUUAAGCUUUCUAUGACCACAUCAAGGAGGUGGUGGUGGUUGUUAUUUUGUGUUUUUUUUUUCUCGAAAAAAGAACUAUUUGUUAUAUGGCUGAAUCCGCUAGCGGGCGAGAAAAAGCGAAUUCUGUGUUCUGAUUGGCUACCCGAGCAGGCAAGAUGGGCUUGGGAUAUCCCGCCUUGGUUCCGCAAGAAAAAGUUAUCUUUUUGGCCAUAUAAUAAAUUCUUUAUUGACGAAGCUUGUUCAGUCAAAAUAACUGUAUGUUUAAAAUUAGCUUCGUUUUUUUGUACGUUUUUGUUGACGGAGACGAAACGCAGAAAAAAAACUGAAGAACUUGGCCAAUAAACAGCCAUUUUGACCUCAAUAACGCUUGUUUAUUUUGAUCUUACAGAUGAUUUCUGGGCUAAAGACCAAGCGUAGGAUUCUUCUCACAGGCACACCAAUACAGGUGAGACAUUUUACGCUAUCUUAUUUACCGUACAAAGUGCCGUACGAAUGGAGCAGCGGCCAGAAAAUAAAAGCCAUUUUUAAACCUAUUUACUUCGUAUGGAUCAGUGUGACAAAAGAAGCGCUCAACCACAUUGCAAACAUGCUUGAGCGCAUCGCAAUCCACUUUUUAUUCUAAACCGCGCCUAUCAGUCGUUGUUCUUAAUCACCCCAUUUUCACAAAGCUACGCGGAAAAUUAUCGAAUACUGCUGUAAGUUGUUAUAUACUUUAGGCUUCUUCCUUCUAUGUGUUGUGUUUUUGGGUGCUACUUUCAUCCCUAAUAAAUCUACCAACAAAUCAAUACUUUCUUUACCUUUACAGAAUGAUCUCAAGGAGUUUCAUUCUCUCAUUGACCUGUGUAAUCCAGGAAUUCUAGGUGAGUUUUAUUUCGCUCAUCUGCAUUGUAACCUUGUUCCCAAGGCCCCUCUUCUUCCCUUCUUGUCGCACUCGCAGGUGCAUUAACGUACUCUUAGUACUAUUAGGAGGAUUUUUUUCUCACCACAAAGGUCCAAUGAUCAGUACCAUAUUUUCUCGAAUAAGCGCCAGGGCGCUUAUUAAAAUUUUCAAUCCUCAAGUGCGGCGCUUAUUCGAGGGCGGCAUUUAUCUCAAAGUUGGACGCGAUAAAGAAUUGUAUUAAUUACGGUAUUAUUAUUUUCUGUAUAAAAUAUUUUGAUUAUCAGGGCUGCGGCGCUUAUUAACUUUUUUCUUCCAAAUGCGUUGCUGAUUCGGGGGCGGCGCGUAUUCAAUUAACUAUGGUACGUCAUUUUGUCUUCGUAUGUUGCUUGCUAUUAUCCGGCUAGCGCAGCCUGCGUGGCAGGACUACGAAGGCCGUGGGAAAGGAAAAGGGUACGCUAAGUACAAACGUUUUCAGCGUGAAACAAGAGAAAUAGGAGACGUCUCCACGUAGGCUAGGAAAAAAGGGGAUUUGGGCCCGUGACGCCCUUCGCGUUUGCCUGCGGCCUGCACCAGCUGCUCGUACAGUGUCUCCUUAUUGGUUGCAGAAAGCAGUAACACAACAAUGUUUAUCAUUAUUUCCAUUGUUUUACGGUUUGGGUUGCAAACCAAUCGGCUUUUAGGGUUAGGAGAACUGCUACAUGACUCGCCCGCACCCUACAUCUUCCUUCCCUUUUGAAUGCCUGCCACACAACUAAUAGUAACAUCGUUGGUCUAACGCAGUUCUUGGAUACAAAAUAGACAAAAAGUAUAAGAAGGCCGCUUACUUAUGUUGGAGAAACAAUGACUUACCUCUAUCAUUUUCCCGUUUACAGGCACGCAGUCUUCUUUUCGUCGUUUAUAUGAGGAGCCUAUCGUCCGUGGACAACAACCUGACGCCACUAGUGAAGAACAACUACUUGGCCAAACAAGAGCUGCCGAGGUAGACUAAUAAUGCUUAAAACUGUUUCCGGGAUUUCUUUUUAAUUUGAUAAGGAUGAAGUCAGAGCUGCCGCGGCAGAGAAACCUGGUUUUGUGAUAUUUACCUGGUCUGAACGAACAAAUUGUCUGGCUGGUUCACUAGAGCGACGCAAAUAGAGAAAGCAAGGGAAAGCACAAGAGAUGUUCACACGUGCAACGCAAAUAAAUGCAAAUGCGAGCACAGUGAAAUACACGCAGCAUCUGAGUAUCCUGCAUCCCUACAUGGCGAAGGAAUAUCCAGUUUUUCAUUGUGCAUUUGUAUUUGCGUUUGCGUUGUCGCGGUUCACACGACUGAAAUGCAAACGCAGUUAGCCUUAAGACAAGUGUAUGCGCCGACUCAAAAACUUGGUGCUUAAGUCGAGUUAGCUCACACGCGUGUUUUCUUGCGUUAGCGUUGCUCGUGUGUACAUGCCCUUCGUUUUGUUCUUUUCCGAUGCGUCACAGAAUGGGUUUCGUAGCAGACCUAGUGCUACAAGAAAUGAGACGUUCCAAGCGUGGAGCUAGACGAGAAAGGAGAUCAAUUCAACCCAAAACUGAUUUAGUCCGGAACCGUAAAUGUCGCAUCUCUCAACGUUGAACGGUAGAUGAGUUGGCUAUUUUGAAGAGUUAAUCGUGAUGUUUCACCAAGUUUGGGUAUACUGAAAUAGGUAAAAUGGUGAUAUGGUCUACAGAAGUAAUCUUUACAUAUUCCUUUACGAACAAGACACGAAUUUGUUUGUAAGGCUCCCUGUUUUCUUUGUUUUACUUUCCGUUUUUCUCAUGCACAGCUCAACAGGUUGACAAGUAUGUUUUUCUUGAGAAGGACGUCAGAAGUGAAUAGUCGCUACCUUCCUCCAAAAGGUACUUGUUUUUGUUUUCUUUGUCGGAAAAUUAAGAGAGUAACAAUCUACCAGUAUUAGGGUACUUACUACUUUAGGGUAUUAGGGUAUAGUUAUACAGGGGAAGGAUGGAUCUUUAGACUCUCGACAUUUCGAAAAUUUGUUUCACAUUGGUUGUAUUUAUACUAGAGUCGAAGAGAAGAAAGAUCCGUCCGAGAGAAACCUAGAGAAUUAUUUUUGUGGUCAUCUUGUAUUUCGUCUCUACAUCGGUGCGAUCAAACAGCCGAAUCGUCCAUCUGGACUAUUAUACGCGUUUAUGUACUUAAGCCUGGAAUAUUUAUCUGAACUUAUGCCUGUCCGUAUCUAUACACAGACGAAUUCACCAUUUUCACAUAGACCAUAAUGCACCUUGUUUACCCCCCUGUAUAACCAUUGUUUCCAAUCUCUCCCGGGUAUUACAGUCGUCCCAAGAGAAGUCGAACACAAUGGUUAUGCAACAUUUUGGGCGGUAAACAAGCUGCCGUAUGGUCUUUGUGAAAUUAGUGAAAUACUAGCCUGCGAGCGAGCUCUCCAUUUGGGGGACGCGCGAGAGGCACGCGAGAGAAGACGCGAAAGCGGGGGCUCGGCUUCGCCUCUCUUUCGCGCAUUCUCGCAAGGCUCGCUUUGCUCUCCCAAAUAAGGAGAACUUGCUCGCAGGUCGCACAGCACAUCCUGUAUUUAUACCAGACUCGUUGACCGACAGUGUGAGGCGUAAUUAAAUAGGUUAGCGUCAAUUUUUGUUUUUGCCCUCAUUUGCAGUGGAAUCCGUUGUAUUCUGUCGACCCAGUCUUUUGCAGCUUUCUCUGUACCGUCAUCUACUGACGUCACGCGUUGUGAGGUCAUGUCUGACGUCAUAUUCAUCCGAAGGUUCACGUCACUUAUUGUGCAUUGGUGCGCUAAAGAAGCUUUGCAAUGAUCCAAGUCUCAUUUACUCGGACUGCCAAGAGGCAAAUGAGGUGUCAAACAGCUGGGAUAUUGAGGAGGUAACUUACUUUGGUAUUCAAAACUACCGCUAACCACUCCUCGCUUAACUCACGAUGAGGUCAACUCUUUCUUUACUGACACCUUUAUGUACGGGCACCUAAAGUUGGUCCCUUUUUUCUUCAGUUACUUCUUACGACUCUUGCAAGCAGUCACCUCAGUCUCUAAAACGGGCAUUUAGGGCCCUGUUCAAAUAUCUUUCUCAGCUUUUCUCUCAAGGAGGGAUGCCUCAUUCCCAUUAAGUUAAAUCCGUUUCUUGAAGAGUUGGGGGCUUUUUUGUUCUAACGAUUUCACUCGCUUUUAAAAGGUUUGAGUGGUUCCUGCAUUGCAUCAAACGAGGGUCUUUGAUUAUGCGAGAUCUUUUUUUGCGGGAAAACCUGCGCAUGCGCAUUAGGGGCUGACUAAAAGAAUCGAGGAGUACCUAGAAUGAAAGCUUUUCAAAGAAAAAUCUCUCUAUCAUUCUUAUUUUUGUCUGGCUAAUCACCAUACUAUUUGUCCCUUUAUCAACAGGAAGCUUCCCUGUAUGAAGGGCUAGACCGUUCUUUUCCAGCAGAUUAUAAUCCCGGUACCUUCACCACGGACCAUUCAGGGAAGCUUCAAGUUCUUGCACACUUACUGGCUCACAUGCAUCGCUCAGGAGAUAGAGUAGUUCUUGUAUCAAAUUAUACCCAGGUGAGGUGUUUUAAAUGCGCACCUUUAGGUAAUACCAAAUGUUACCAUGCUGCCAGUUUAUUGGAUACCAGAAGUUAAAACCACACCGAAUAGAUGGUACCAUGUGAAAGUACUGCUUAAGAGUUUUCAUUUGAAUUGUAACACCCUAGGGUUUCAUCCACAGACUCAAGUUCGUAUUACUUACCGAAUAAAUGGUACCAUGUGAAAGUACUGCUAAAGGGCUUCAUUGUCAAGAAUGGUAACACCAUACGAUUUCAUCCACAGACUCAAAAGUUAGUACUACUUACCAAAUAAACAGUACCAUGUGAAUACUGCUAAAGAGGUUUCAUUUGAAAGGUAACAUCAAAGGAUUUCAUCCACAGACUCAAAAGUUAGUACUAAGGGCAGAAUAAAUAGCAUCAUGUGAAAGUACUGCUAAACGAUUUGAUCCUUUCAUGUGAAUGUUUACACCAUAAGAUUUCAUCCACAGACUUAAAAGUUAGUACUACUUACCGAAUAACAUGUGAACGUACUGCUAAAGAGUUUUCACUUGAAUGGCCACAUUUCAUGUCUUCACAAAUUGCCUCUGGGGGUUAAAGGCUUGACUUCAUGCAUAUAUUAAUUUAAGACCUUAUCCUGUACCGGUUGCUGUGGGAUAAGCAGUUCAAAUGUGACUCCUUAAAACUCGUACUGAUCUGUCUCACAGACUCUUGAUUUACUUCAAAGACUUUGCGAACAAAGAGGUUAUGAGUUUUUGAGACUGGACGGGAAAACACCGACAAGCAAACGACAGUCGCUGGUUGACAGGUUCAACGACAAGCACUGCAAAAUCUGUAAGUGUACUUCGUACAGUGAUAGUCACAGUGAUAUCUUCGUACGCUUAACACCCUCAGGAUUAGUUCUAUUUUACCCAGUGCUUUAAGUUCAAGUUUUUUUUAAAGUCACCUUUAGACAAGCUAAAUUUAUAAAUGGUCGCCAUGCAGACGUAAAAAAAAAAGCUGUUCCCAGACGUAAAAAAACCGUGGAAAUAGACCAUUUCAGAGUUCCCCGGGCCUCUGCAUCAAAACGUGGUUAAGUGCUCAGCCUUUUAUAUGGAAAUGAUCUUUCAUUCUCAUGCAAGUUAAACUCUAGGCUCGAUGAGUGCGGGCUCAUUUUCCCGAACAGCGGCUGGUAAUCGAGCCUAGUUAAACUCAUUUUCACAAGAAAGGUGGUGCGCUUGGCCUCAUUUUGAAAAUGAGGGUUUUUGGAACUCGGAAGUGGCCUAUCGAAUUUGGAGGUACACACGACAUCUCAAGAGACAAAUUAUAAAGAAAAUAAAUGCAUGAUUAAUAUUUCAAAAAAGUGUUUAUCUCACUUAACCUUUAGAAAGACUAUAAACAAUUAUGAAUACACUACGGCUUGGGUUAUGACUGUUGAAGGCAGGUCGCCAAAUUGGCAACUUGCGCCACAAUUUUAGUCGCCUAUUUUGUUAGUCGCCGAGGAGAUCAAAAUGGUCGCAGCUUGGAGCUCCGCUAGCUGUCUAAUAUAAAGUGUAUACAGUGAACCCUAGUUAAGCGGGACACCCUCGAGAUCACGUCUGCUAUUCAUGCCUUCAGUAAACUGUCUGUGCUGUAGCGAGGCACCCGCGGGAUCAGCUUGAGCUUUCACUUUAUAGAUGUACAACUGCCAUUACGCCAUACAUCCUUGGAACCACCUCUUUUGAGUAACAGUAGAUCAAGAUCACAUGUGAGGGGUGAGCGGCGAAGGCGCGAAGAAUGUGGGGGAAGCCCGAGCGAAGAAAAAAUAAUAAUUUUUUCUCUCUCCACCCCAAUCACUCCUCCUUCUAGCUAUACUUUUUCGCUCGGCCCGCGCGUGCCUGUGAAGAAAAAAGGACGACAGCUCGCUGUCUACAUGCUAUGCAUGUAUACACUGAAGUGUCUCUAAGCGGGAGACCCUCGGGACCACCUCUAGCUUCUGUACAUGAUAAUGAGAAAAGGGCCUUAAAAUAUUAAGCAGUUUUAAACGAUCACCUAGGCAAAUCUCUAGUGUUGCUGUGUAUCCAGUUCUCCGUCGGGAGUAGGCACUGUGUACACUUCUUCCAUAUCCUUUACUUUAAAUGGCUGAGGUUUUUCUCGCGCUCGGUCGGCCGCAAGCCGACAAAUCUUCGGCUGAAGACCGAGCCCACAACUAUAAAAACUUGACCGGAACCGGAAACUGCUUAUGAAAAGUCUCUGGCAUCCAGGGUACAGGGAAAAGGAAUUCUCAAUAGACCCGGAGACAUGCGUUUCCCACAAGCGGAAAAUCUCUUACAAUGAGACUGUGAUAGCGCAGAACAUUUCCGCUAAUAUAACUUUUUUCUUUGUUAUUUUUAGUUGUAUUUCUUUUGAGUUCGAAAGCUGGCGGAGUUGGCUUAAAUCUCAUUGGUGCAUCGAAGCUUAUACUGUUUGAUAUUGACUGGAAUCCAGCCAAUGACAUUCAGGUAUGAAGAACGAUAACUAAAUCAUAGCUGAACAUUCCGUGUUAUUUAUAUUAUUUUUACUCUGAGAAAUUUCUGUUCUUUCCACUUUUCGAUAACAUAUCAAGCAUUUCACUUGACAGUCAAACUGACAAAUAACACGGGAAACCUGUGCGAAAAAAACCCACGGGAAGAGGGGAGAGGAAAUGUGGGUAUAGGGAAGUAGGUCCAAGCUCCAAACUGGCUAUUUUUAUUUAUUUUUAUUACAAUAAUUAUCAAGCAUACAUACACACAUGGACUAUAAACACCUAUACACACAUGCAAUAAAUUAUGCAAUCACUACAUCAGCUAUCCUAUUAACCCGCAAUCAAAUUUCGUUUCCGUCACUUUGCUGGCCGCGUAAGUGAAGACUCUCAUACGCGACGUGAUACUCAUCAUGCAUCCUUCAUGUCUUGGUUCUCGCUCGUGACCUCUCUGUUUUUCAUGUGGUAGAAAUAAUUCGCGUUAUUUCGCUGUGUUUAUAACGAACGUCAGAAAUCACAUUAUACGAACGUUUACGAUGAUUAUUUACGCCGCUCUAGGGAAAUCGGAAUAAGUUAAACAAAGAGUUUAUAUUCUAAGACAAAGUCGUGGAAAUCGGAAGCUGUAAACGAAUAAGUUAAACAAAGAGUUUACAAUCUAAGACAAAGUCAUGCACCCAAGCCUUGCACGGGCGGUCACGCGUAGAAAAGCUCAUUCGGGAAAGAGAAACAAUUUUUUGCUGAUUAGUUUUAAAAGUGAGAUGGAGCGCAACUUAUUUAACAAACAAUUUAUGGACGUUGAACCAUUAAUUUGACAUAGAUUCUUUAGUUUAAAAUCAGUUUUGAUACCAAUAACAACAGGUAAGUUUGUUUGUUUUUUUUUUUUGCAUUUUGAACCGAACUGACCGAUCUAAGGACUUCGUCACGCCUUCCUGAGAACGUCCGCGUGGGAGGCUACUCAGCUAAAGAACUGAAUUAAUUUCAUGCAAACAACAGAGACAACAGAGUAGCCUGCGGAUACAGGUAAAAUGGGAACUUUCGCGGGCCAUGUUCUUCCAGGCUGUUUCUUUAUAGCCUUUGGUUUGUGGUGGUGGUGCAAUAUAAUGGUCUUGAUCGCAAAAGCACAUGCAAGAUUUCUGAAAAGUCGUGACUCGCGAAGACCAAACAUUGAAUUUCAAUUAGACUACCAAACAUGUACUUGGCUUAAAGUUCCCGUGCCGUACCUCAGGGCUUUUCCAUUAGAGCCUUUUUUGAAAGUUACAGCUACUUCGGUGGGAAUUAUCGCUGAAUUAACCAAGGGUGACUGGAGUUUGAUAAACAGAAACAACCAUUUUGCGCACUUGAACAAUUUUGCUCAUGCUUCAAUGUUCGCUGUCUUUUUCCUUGCUGCUUUAGUGGAAAUUCUACGUUUCUACUCGCUUUUGUUCCUGCCUCCAUCGGCGGAACACCUUCUAUCUUCGCUGGCGUUCUUCGUCGUCGGCGAACUGUUUUUCUUUCACAUCGAUGGGCGCUCUGUUCUGGAUCAAAACCUCCAUAUAUUUAUUUACAUUUUAGCCUUUUCUAUAUCUAUCGUUUUUCUGCUCGAAGCCGGGUAUCGCAAGUGUUUCAUUUUGUUUAUGGCGCGCACAGUCUUGGUCGUGCUUCUGGGUACCUGGUUUAUUCAAGUGGCACACGUCUUGUACGGAACAGACCCCUGGACAGACACCGCUUCCAAUCGAGCAUUUGUUGCCAUCGCCUUUACGUGGCACAUCUUAGCACUGCUCUUCACAAUUCUGUGCAGUCUUUUGCUGGUUAGCUUGGUUAUGAGGAUUUUGUGUCGCUCAUGCUGUGGCACAUCUUUGGCGGCUGAUGGCAACGUGAGUCUAGACGCAACGGAACUCAGUAGUUUGAUCAGGGAGGACCCAACUGUCCCAACUCAAAUAGACUGAAACAUCAACACAAAGCCACACACAAUGAAAACUUUAUAGUCUGUGGAUACACAGACCCUGUGAUGUGACAAGUCAAACGAACCCUCUUCAACAUUACUGUUACAUAUGGUUGUUUUUAUUUAGGAUGUAGUUCUAGCCUUUAACGCUGUGGAUAAAAUCCUACAGUGUUACCAUUCAAAUGAAACCUCCAUAUGGUACUAUUUAUUUAGCUUGCACCCCUGUCAGUAGAUGAAAUCUCAUUGUGUAAGUUGGUAGGAACUUUAUUUUAAUUUGUAAUUAGUAGCAAGAUAAUGCUGGUAUAUCUCUGAAUACAACAUGUGUGACAGUAAAGUAAAAUAAUCAACUAAUCAAACCAUAAAGAUCCUGGUACAAAACUGUUUUAUAAAAUUGUUGCAAUGAUUAUCUAGAAAAAAUUACGGACUAAACGUCAAAACCCAUUUACAUUAACGAUAGGUCGCUUUUGAUCUGUAAGAGAACUGUAUGCAGUUCCUUUGGUGAUUGGGUUUACAAACGGCAAUUAUAAUUUCUUUAAGACCGUUUCCAGUGUCCCUUUCAAUAGUGAAAGCGCGAGCUAAGAUAAAGGGGUGCUAAGCCAUUAACAUACAUGUAUUUAGAAUGAAUUUGCAUGUCCAGAGCUCGCCUAUUGUAUUGUAUUGUGCUUAAUUCUGUCGUAGAACUUUGUUAGUAAUGUUUAAAACACUGACCACGAAAGUCUUGUCUGUUGUGUGAGUGGCCAAUCUAUUUGGCUGUAAUUGUUACUCCAUAAAAGUGCCAAAAAGUACAAGAGGGGGACACGGGGGUUUACUGUAUUGUGCAUUUUUUUCAAACGGUAUGUCGGUAAUUUUGAUUUUAAUGUGCGGUAUUGCGGUAUCAUCUAGCCCUGUGGCAUGCAGUUUCUUAUGCUUCUGGCUAACGGUAUUCGGUGAAAGAAGAUCCUUCACCUUCACGGUAUUGCGGUACCGUUCAUUUGCGUUCUCCUGUCUAAUGCAGGUCAAUAUUCGGAAAACUUUACUUUACACAAUUUGUGACAGUUAAUCUACAAUGGAAUCGUUGUUGCAUCCAAUGACCGGGCUUUUCGAUCGUUGCAUCGAUAACAUCUAGGUCUUCUCACGUUAUCUCGCAAUGGCUGAGGUUGAUUUAUGGUGCAUACAUGCUUGCAAUAAACAGACACGCGGGAUGAAUACAACUUUAAGUAAGCUUGACCAAUCAUAAAUGCGGUGUCGGUAUUUCGUCUAUUUUCGACACAGUAUUUCGGUAUUUGCCAAUUUUUCUUACGGUAUUGCGGUAUUUGGUACCUCCCAAUGUCCCCCUCGUACAACAAUACCGACAGAGAGGCAGCGUAAAGGCCCGAUAAUUGGAACCCUGGGGGCCGGGUUGUUCAAAGCAGGUUUAAGAUAACCCAGGGUUAGUGCGAAAUUUGAACCUUCAGAGAUGAAAGCUUUAAAAAAAAUUCAGUUUUAUUCUUUUUCCCUACAAUUUGAUGAUUGGAUACUCUAAAAAGAAUCGAGAAAAUUAUCGGGUGAAUUGCUUUUGAACAAAAGAAAAAGAAACCCAGGUUAACAUUUAACCCUGGGUUAGUGCUAAUGGGCCUUCGAACAACUGGGCCCACUAAUUUUUAUGCCCAACAAUUCUACACCGCCGUGUACAUUGAUUACAAUCAAGAGAGGAUAUUAUCAUCUCUUGUUACAAUAUCGGUCACAACAAAGUUUUGUCUUUCCAAGAGUCAUUACCAGGAUUUGAAGUGCGACUGUAGACUCGCUCUGAAGUCUUUCACUCAGUAAGAACAAUAUGAUCCUUGGCUAUUCACUGAUGAAAUCUCUUACUUACUACUUUCAUUUGUACUGUUUGAGUCUGUGAAUGAACCUAUGGUGUGAUCAUGCAAAUGAGACCACUUCGUCAGCAGUACUUGAACUCUUUACAUUGGUUCUAUUUGUUUCUCGAUAGUUCGUUAGCAAUAUGAAAAUUGGGACUUAUCCGUGAUUGUUGGUUGAGUUGUCUCUUUCCGCGGGUCAUUAAUGUAAGCCUGUGUACAGCCGCCCCCUCCCCUCAAACAAAAUUUCUCUUCCUGAUUGUGUUUGAGGGGAGGGGGCGACUGUACACAGGCUAGGAAAAUUGCUAAAGCGCAAACAGCCCGCGAGAAAGCUUUCCAUUUGGGUGACGUCGUAAGAAGUCAAGUACGAGCGACACAUGCGUUUUCGCUCGCCCCACGAUAUGGCCGAGAGCUUACUUAAAGCCUCAGUAAUGCGCUAGUUGAUUGAGAAGCGCGUUAAUCGCGCGAUUACUUACGGUUUAUCUCGGAUAAUUUAAGUGACGCUGUGUGUGUGUUGAUUUUUUCUCGAUCACUGCAGGCCAUGGCAAGAGUGUGGAGAGAUGGACAGAAGAAGACAGUGUACAUUUAUCGUCUUUUAACAACGGUGAUUGCUUUGGAAUUUCUGAUGACAAAUUAAAAUACAAAUUUAACCUUAGCCUGUUCCAGUCGUUCAGAUAGUUGGCCGGGGCGGUACAGAGAAAAGUGAGCGGGAAAAACAACGAGGGGGUGCCGCUUUUCCCCUCCGCUCAGCUUUUUGCGGCACUCUCCACUACCUCGAUGCCUGGAACAGGCCAUUUUGAAAAUUGAGAAGGGCUGAUUCACACUGAGACGUUUUUCGUGUUGGACAAGAUAGAAAUACAGCAAAACUUAUAAUUCUGACAAUGAUUUGCAAAAUAAUAUGGAGCACCAUCAAAGAAUAUCAAUAAAACAGAAACCAAAUGUUCCAACAUGAAUGUUAACAACACAAAUGUACAAGAGAACAGCGAGUAACUCAGUUUGUAAAUAGUUCACUUCAAUGAAAGGAGGGGAGGUUAAGGACUGCUGCGCUGACUUAAGUAGCCGUUGCCGAUGUUGAGAUUCGACUGUAUGCAUUUCCAUGGCCUUUUUUUUUUGCCUUUGGUUAUUAUUUUUUGUAAUGUUCCGUGUUUAAGGCUUCCUUCAGGUCUUUAUAUUUUGCUUUGAGCCCCAGUCUUUUGGAGUAGGCUACUUGCACUAAGAGGUCACGUGACCAAUGCUUCCUUUAAACAAUGAGUUGGAAUCUUGCUGAUGCCAAAAAUUGACAGAGCGCAUAAAAAUUAUCUUACACCCGAAAUUUUAGAGGAAAUGCAUUUAAGGGGGAUAUUUUAGAGCACUUUGAUUUCUCAACAAAGUAGUAUGAUUUGUAUUGGCUGCCAUGUUGGAGGGCAUACUCUUGCCCUUCAGCAUGUUGGCUAAAACUACUUUUUGCUUCUAUCUUGUUAAACGUUUGGUAGUUAGGUUCAGAUGUGCUGAGAAUGUUACCACAUCAUCUUUUCAACAAUUUCCUUGAAGUUUAAGUGCAAAAUUUCUCUUCAGAAAGAGGUAAUUCAUAAUUUUAAAUAUCACAUUUUGGUCACGUGACCAGCUACGAACUUACUCAUUUUAAAAAAAUGGUGCAGGUUUGAAAAACUAAAUCACUAUUAUUUUAUUUAAGAUAUGACCCACUAAUGGUUUUUUGAUAGCAAAAUCAUAUAGCUUUCAUUUCAUAAAAAUGAUGUCCCAUGACCUCUUAGUGCAAAUGGCCUACUGUUCGUCACUCGAUGACAUGGAACAUACGUUGCUUUUGUAGGGAACCAUUGAAGAGAAGAUUUACCAACGUCAAACUGCUAAGCAAGGUCUGAGCGGAACAGUAGCCGAUGCCAAGGAGACGGUGAAGGUUGAAUUCUCACGGAACGAGUUAAAGGUGAGCAUCCAAUCCGAUUGGCUAUUUCUAACAUUUGUGUCGUCUGUCUAUCCUGGGUGCCAGAGACUUUUCUAGCGCAGUUUCCGGUUUCUGUCAAGUCUUUGUAGUGACCCGCUCGUGGCUUCGGCCUACGGCCGAAGAUGUGUCGGCGUUCGGCCGACACCGAAAAUUCCCGCCGCACGCGCGAGAAAAACCUCUGGUACCCAGGGUAUCGUCUGUCAGGAUAAAAUCCUAAUGCGUCCUGUUGUUAGAGCCACAGAACAUUACCUUGUUAGCGAGCAGUACUUUUCUGUCGUCUCUUAUUAAUUAUGUCAUAUAAGUUGGUUCCAUCUUGUGUGUGCGGUACUUCGUUAUGUUACUGUUUAUUAUGCUUCAUAAGGAAGUGCCCCCUUUGUGCUUACGUAUAAAAUCUUUUUUUUCAAACAUGGCCAUGGUUAAAUUUCCUGGAAUUGACCUCGUACGGACUCUAUUUAAGUUCAAAAAGAGAAAAGAAAAUUUGUCGUCGUAUGUUCUAUCACGUCCUCUAUAAAACGUUCCCUCGUGAUUUUUCACGUCGAAGUCGUUCAGUUGUAGUCAAGGAAAUGUACCAAAAAGCGUGGCGGAUGAGUGUGAACAGCUGUUGUUUUGCUCAUAUAUCCCGUCGUCGUGGUUACUUAAGCCCCCCUCCCCCCACCCAAUACAUUCACCAACAAUUGUCACAGUACUGAUGUUUUGUUUCCAACUCACAGGACUUGUUUACUCUUCAUGAAAACAGUUUAUGUCUGACGCAUGAUCUCCUGCAGUGCACGUGUAUGGCGUCUGAGGUGGGUAUCUCCAUUUACUGUGGGAACGAGCCUAUCAACAUAAAGGGUGUUGCCGUUGUUUAUUCUUUGAAUAAACUUAAACUUGGCCGACGGUUUAUUGAGGAGCAAGUGCGGAUCGAGAGACUUGAACGUAUUGUUUUUCUCAGAGUAUCAUUCAUUCGCUGGGCUUUU